UUCAUUUUGGGGGCGGCUCCAGUUGUUUCCUGUUAAUGAAUCCUUGUUAAUUUUAAGAAGAAAUUCUUAGAGAAAUAUGAAAUUAUUUGAUUCUUCGAUAAUAUGAAAAGAUUAUAGUCUUAUUUAUAUCUAAUGUUUUCUUCAACGUAAUUCAGGCCUAAAUCAAAAUGAUCGGGGGCCUGUUUGUCUACAAUCAUAAGGGCGAGGUGCUGAUCUCGAGAGUGUAUAGAGAUGACAUUGGCCGGAAUGCAGUGGACGCAUUCCGAGUGAAUGUCAUCCAUGCAAGACAGCAAGUGAGGUCGCCAGUCACUAAUAUCGCUCGCACAUCAUUCUUUCAUAUUAAGCGUGCCAACAUUUGGCUGGCAGCAGUCACCAAGCAGAAUGUGAAUGCAGCCAUGGUCUUUGAGUUCCUGCUGAAGAUCAUUGAUGUGAUGCAGUCAUAUUUUGGUAAAAUAUCUGAAGAGAACAUCAAGAAUAACUUUGUCCUCAUUUAUGAACUUUUGGACGAGAUCCUGGAUUUUGGUUAUCCCCAAAAUUCUGAUACUGGUGUUCUGAAGACAUUUAUAACACAGCAGGGCAUCAAAUCUGCGUCCAAAGAAGAGCAGGCACAGAUUACCUCACAGGUGACAGGUCAAAUCGGAUGGCGUCGGGAAGGUAUUAAAUACAGACGCAAUGAACUGUUCCUGGACGUGCUGGAGUAUGUCAACCUGCUGAUGUCACCACAAGGUCAGGUGCUAUCGGCCCAUGUUGCCGGGAAGGUGGUGAUGAAGUCAUAUCUCUCUGGUAUGCCGGAGUGCAAGUUUGGCAUCAAUGAUAAAAUCGUCAUGGAAGCUAAAGGGAAAGGAAAUGGUGGUAUAUCUGGCAACACUGACAGCGACCCGGCGCGGUCGGGCAAGCCGGUGGUGGUCAUCGACGACUGUCAGUUCCACCAGUGCGUGAAGCUCAGCAAGUUCGAGACCGAGCACUCUAUAUCGUUUAUACCUCCGGACGGAGAGUUUGAGCUGAUGAGAUAUCGUACAACUAAAGACAUAUCGCUACCAUUCCGCGUGAUCCCGCUGGUCCGCGAGGUCGGCCGCACCAAGAUGGAGGUGAAGGUGGUGCUGAAGAGCAACUUCAAGCCCUCACUCCUCGGACAGAAGAUCGAGGUGAAGAUCCCCACUCCGCUCAACACCAGCGGGGUACAGUUGAUAUGCCUGAAGGGGAAAGCCAAGUAUAAAGCCUCAGAGAACGCCAUUGUUUGGAAAAUCAAACGCAUGGCGGGAAUGAAAGAGACCCAGCUGUCUGCCGAGAUCGAGUUGCUGGAAACGGACACCAAGAAGAAGUGGACGCGGCCACCCAUCUCCAUGGGAUUCGAGGUGCCCUUCGCACCCUCCGGAUUUAAGGUCCGUUACCUGAAGGUGUUUGAACCCAAGCUGAACUACUCGGACCAUGAUGUGAUCAAAUGGGUGCGGUACAUCGGCCGCUCAGGACUGUACGAGACACGAUGCUAAGCACCACACACAAAUGGUUUCAUGAAUUUGCCGAUCGAACGGAAUCACGCAUGGGAAUAUGGCAUGUUACAUAAUAUAUGAAUGUAUAUAGGAUUUCAUAACCCAUUGUCAUACAGCAUUAUGAGAUAUAUUUUUUUAUUAUUUUUAAUUACGUCAAUUUAUUAUUCUAUUGUCCCUUUUGUUGUGCUGUGACAAAAGAGAUUAUUUUUAUUGGUCUUAGUAUAAUUUUUAA